UGCGUCGUCACAGGGACCCGCAUUACGGUGACCCUUGACCUGGAGGAGACCCUUCCUCCCCCUCCCUCGCCGAGAAGAUGGCGCUGUCCAGGCUGUGCUGGGCUCGGACUGCUCUGUGGGGUUCGGCGGUCACCCCUCGACCAUAUGUCACGCGGAGGCUGCAGCUCGUUCGCGCUGGACGGACGUGGGGACCCCCCUGGUCUUCCAAGCUUCACCUUUCUCCAAAGGCAGAUUCGAAGAGUUUAAUCUCUUACGUGGCGACUAAGACCAAAAUGAUCAGUGAGAAAUACCAUCAUUUUUUGGAACGCUAUUUCCCCCGCUUCUAUGUCCUGUACACCACCUUCACUAAAGGAUUUCGGCAGUUAUGGGCUGAUGGCAAAAAGUGUAGAAGAAUAAAGGCAGACAUGGCGAAGCACAAUGUAAAGUUUCAUCAACUUUCAUACCGGGAUAUGGAGCAUCUGAGGCAGUUUCGUCGAGAUAUCACCAAGUGUUUUUUUCUGGGUGUUAUUUCCGUCCCACCCUUUGCCAACUACCUGGUCUUCUUGCUAAUGUACCUGUUUCCUAGGCAACUGCUGGUCAGACAUUUCUGGACCCCAAAGCAACAAAUUGAUUUCUUAAAUAUCUAUCAUGAUAUCCGGAAAAAGUCCCACCCAGAAAUCCUUAGUUAUUUAGAAAAAGUUAGCCCUCUCAUUUCUGAAAAAGGACUCCGGUGGCAUAUGACAGAGCUGUGCACCAAGAUACAGCGUGGUACCCACCCAGCAAUACCUGAUAUCCUGGCUCUGAGAAAGUGUUUCUCUAAACCUCCCCUGGGCAUGAGUCAACUCCACGCUUCACAAAUAAAAGCCUUGAGUCGAGCCAUGCUUCUCACAACUCACCUGCCUUCCUUCUUGUUGAGACGACGUUUAAAGACUCAUACCACAGUGAUUCAUCAGCUAGACAAGGCUUUGGCAAAGCUGGGGAUUAACCAGCUGACUGAACAGGAAGUGAAAUCGGCUUGUUAUCUUCGUGGCUUGAAUUCUACCCAUAUUGCUGACGAGAGGUGUCGAACUUGGCUGGCAGAAUGGCUGCAGAUUUCCUGCAGCUUGAAAGAAGCUGAGCUGUCUCUUCUGCUACACAACGUGGUCCUGCUUUCCACCAACUACAUUGGGACACGGCGCUGAGUGAGCGUGGAGCAGAUGCCAUUGCCCUGCCAUCAGCGUGGCAGCGUGGGACCAAACAGCACUUGUGGGCAGCCUGUGCGCACUGCUGGAUGUGUGCGGCAGACGAGCGGUGCCACGGCUUCGGUGCGGUACACUCGUGGGAGCUGGAGCUGAACAAACCCUCUCACCAGAGGUAGCCCUAGGGAGAUGUCAUCCCCACUUCGUUGGAAUUAACUGAAACUGGAAGCAGCUACUGAACUGGGCUGUUACUGGAAUAUGUUAAUUUCAGACUCUGGGAUGAGCUUUGGCCCAGGACUUACUCACUGCCAUAUUUUGAGCUGUUUCUGGCUGCUGAGGGGAACAGCACUACUUAAACUGCAUGCACUUUGAUGCUCCCCUCAACCUUGAGAUGACCAAAAAUAGGAUUUUUUUUUUUUUUUUGUCCCCCUCAUUGGGUUAACCUCUUUCCUUUUCCUUUUCCCACCUUUAUUUUUAGUGAAUAACAUGGGAACAUUCUAAUGGACAAGAUAGAAGGAACUACAAGUCCUUGUUGACUGCUUACCCAGUAUUUAUAGCCUUCACACCCUUGUCUUAAUUUCUGGGCUGUGCCACAACCUGUGGAUCUUAAACUCUUUGCUACCUCCACUGGGGUGCACCCAUUCAACCAACUGACAGCGGCUGCCUUUGGCCCAUGGAUCAAGUCUGUACAGUACUAACCCCAGCCAGCCAGGAGAGGUCUGCGAUAGUAAGUUGGGUUCAGCUUUUGUCUAUGAAGGGACAUCAGUGGUCUGUAGUACAGUAACUUGCUGUAAAUGCAUGAAGCACUGCCUUUAAACCCAAGUAAAGACUGAAGUCACUUGCUGGAAAUUCUCUUAUGCAUCCUCGAAUCAUUUUGCUAGGGCUCCUUUACAAGACUGUCAUAACUGGACAUUGGGGAGAGAAUUGGUUGGAACAGAACUUUCUGAUGGGAUGGAGGUUAUGAAGGAACUGACUUGAAGUUGAUCCUGUUGCUGGAUUUUAAAUGCUAACUAGGAAUAGAAGAUUGUACAUACAAAUAGCAAGCAAUGAAAUUAGAAUCCAGGCCCCAAGAGUAGGGACUACAGACAGGGAAAGCCCUAGCAGGGCAGGAUCCAGGCUGUUUCAGCUGAUGAGGGGCAUAAACACAGAUGAGGCAAGUCAAGCUCUUGAUACUCCAAAGAGAACGUUGUUUUCCCAUCAUAAAACACUUCUAUUGUUAACAAUCCCUAACUGACCUAAUUAAUUUUAUAUACAGGCUCGAGAAGCAUUCUUUUUCUAACAAGUAACUGGGUUGUGGUCUGCCAAGAUCAAGAGUAACACAACAUUCUUUUGAAUAUUUCUUUAAUAUUACAUUUAAAUAUUCUCUUUAAAUACAACAUUAUCACAAUGUAAAGGACCUGAAAGGCAAAAAAUAAUAAUAAUUUGUUUCCAGAGAACCAGACAAGCUUUGGAUUCACAUUGAAAAUACUACCUGUAUACAGUGAGAAAGGAAUGCGUUGCAAUAAAAAGUAAUUUCUUUUAUCUAGGCCUGGACUGAGUGGGGUUGAAGCUAUCUGCUUCUGUGAUCAGAGGCCUAGCUUUUCUAGCAACCAUGAGCUCUAAUUGUGUCCAACUCGAGUAGCACCAGAAGUGAGAUGGACGAGAUUGUAGAAAAGGCCCUUUGCUUAACAAGAGAGUUAAUGCUAAAUUUCGACACUUAGCAUUUAAAAGCUUGGGAUCAGUGUGAAUCAGAAUUACAGGGUUAAUGUAGGGUUUAGAUUAAGAAACUAGUUUCUUCAGAAAAGUCAUUAUUUUGGGGGUUGGCAAUGAGUUUAAUAGUCAAAUUCUUUUGAUCCCAAAGGCUAAUAACGUGUCUCUUAAUUGAGCACCUGGAAUCACUUCCUGGAUUAGGAAUCCUUCCGAAGGAGGGAAUGUGUAGCGCUCACCCUCCACUUUCAACACACUUUCAGAAAGAUUCUUCUCCAUCGAGUCCUAUUCCCAAUUAAAGCUUCAGUCUUGUAUCUGAGGGGACCAGUCUCAGGUAGGGAGUGCAGCAGCUCAGUCAGGGACAGCAUCUAGCUCUCAGGUACCUCAGAUGCCCAACUCUGCCUGGUGAGGCUCGAGGAUGGAGCGUGUUAAGGACCUAUAUACUCAAGAACUUCCCUCCAAACCCUGCAAAAGCAGGAACAGGAGAGGAAGAAGGGGUUAUAAGAUGUAUCUGUGUUAAGUACAAGGCCUAGCAGGCUCAGUUUAGCAAUUUUACAGGUAAAAUGCUACUGAUAUACAUGAAGGCUGCUUUAAGACACCAGGGCUAUAUCAGAGAAGGCUUUAUGAUCCAGAUAGGUAGGAAUAGUUAUCUCCCCCACCAAAAGCAUUUUCACUUUGUUCUUUCCUGGUUAAUAAAUCAUACCAGAAACAACGCAUGGUGGAAAUAUGCCUGCGUGCUUUGUUCCCUGCUGCCUCCAUUUUAAAACGGAGACAGUGAUAACUUUGCUAGUGAAUUCAGUGGUGGUCAAUGCAGUACAUCCAGGAACGUAGGAGGGUAUGGGAGGAAAAGGAAUGGCGUCCUCAGAUGGAGGCAAGAACUGAAUGAGUCCCACAGCUUUAUCAUCAGAACUUUAGCUCUUUGGAACCUGGGGGUUACAUAUAGCAUUUAAGAAUGGGUUGAUUUCUAAUUUUCAUAUAUCAAGAUGGAGGGGUCUAAUAUUUGCAGUUCCUGGGAGUGAACUGGAAUAGUUAAGAACUCUCCAACCCUGUAUAUCCAAGGACCACCAAGGGUAGAUAUAGAA